UAUAAUUCGAAUAAAAAUACAUUUUUUUCAUUAAUGGUCAUUUUGACAGUGGGAAUUGGAAAUUGUUUACUAGUAAUCGUUUAAUUAUUAUUAAUAAAUAACGUGGAAGUUGAAAUAAACUCAUGUGGUUCCUAUUUAGUUCUGUCUAUUAGUUCUGUAUAAUUAAGCAAUUUUUUUCCAACUACUAUUAGCUUUCAUAAAAAUAUCACAAAAUUUGGAUUGAUUCUUAAAUUUAAGAUUUUAGUUGAUACUACAAUUUUUUUUUGCAUAACUAGAUUGUAGUUCGUGACAAUCAACAAUGGACAUAGACAUUCAAAAUCGUACCGAUUGGGAACACAGAAGGAAAAUUCGUCUUGCUCAAGUUAGAAAUCAGUCUAAAGAUAUUGCCAAAAAAAUAUGCGAUCGUGUUCAAUGCACAUCUCAAAAUGAAUUAGAACACCUUCAGAUAACUAAAUUUAAAGCUGACCAUAAGUACAAAUCUCUUGUACGGAAUAAACUGAAAAGUGACUUUAAUUAUUUAAUUCAAGAUAUCGGCAAUGGUUAUUCAUUAGCAUCAGUUGAAACUGAUCCUAGCAUACAGAUGGCAGAAAAAAGACUAGUAAAUCGGUGCAAAGCAAUUUCUCGAGGGACUGAAGCUAUGCAACGACAAAACCGUAUUCUUGAAGAAAAAAGCACGGAAAAAGAAAUGAAAGAAAAAAGAGUUCAUUUUAAUAAAACUGUUGAAAAAAUUCGUUCUGCUCUUAUUACAAGUGUACCAUUUGUGGAUAAUGAAGUAAAUUCUUACGACGCUAACAAACAUAAUAAAUGUUUAUUACUUCAAAGUCAAACUAUUUUAACAGAGUCCAGUAUUCCUAGUUGGAACUAUAAAAUGAACAAUUCAAAACCAUGGUCAAGAGUUAUUGAAUCUUCUAAAGAAAACAGAAAUCAUAAUGAUAAAAAAUGUUUGUCCAUUGAUGGCUCUAUAGAAAAUAAAGAAGCAGAAACUAAAAUUGCAAAUUUAGAAAAUGAUGUAAAUAGCUAUGAAAGUUUAGUUAGCAAAUUGAAAAAGUUAUCUGCUGAAGAACUAAAUAUUAGAAAUAAGUUACCAAAACACUCAGAACAGGAUAUUUCAGUAUCAAUAAAAAAUAUUAAUAAAAAGGAAAAUGUAAAAUAUAAUGAUCAAAAUUCAAAACUAGGAUUUAGUGGCAAUUCUCAAUUAAAUGAAAAACAAAGUAAACUUGAUGCUAAUGUGAUUAUAAAUCAAUCACAAUCAAGUUCAUCAAUGUCUCCGGCAUUAGUGAGAACUUCACCUAAAAGAAUAGAGGUAUCCAUUAAAAAAAAACAUUCAAAAAAUGAGCCAAAAGUUGAUAUAAAAAAGCGGUCUACUUUAAAAACAAAUAUGAAAUCACCAAAAGCGAAAAUACCUUUAAAGAACAUUAACAACAUUAUUGAACGUGUUAACCAAAAAAAAAGAUCACUAGCCAAUGAAUUGUCGGCAAAUAUUAAAAAAACUGAGAAUUUAACAAAUACAAAACAAAUACCAAUGAUUAAUAGAACUAAGGGUAGUGAUGAUUUAAAAAGAAAAUGUAAUACUGUAAGUUUUGCUAACCUUCCUCAAUCUAAUUAUGAUUCUCAGUUAGAAGCAUCAAAAAAUAAAUCCAAAUGGAGUGGUUUAAAAUGUGACAACAGUGUUAAUGUAGAGUUGAUGAGACUCAUAAGUUCACUGUUGAAAAUGUCUCCAAUUGAUAUACAUAAUCUCUCGGUAUCGAUGAGUUCGGAUUCUAGCAUCAGAACUGAAGCAAGUGUAGCUCAAGAUUCAAACGAUAGUUUACAAUAUUAUAAUGAUUUACUGAAUACAAUAUCUGAAUGCUUAAAUACUGAAUUAUCUGAUAUCAGUCAAGAUACUGCACUAUAUUCACCUAUUAACAUUAAUACAUUAAAUCGCUUGCAAAAGAUAUCUGAAUAUUAUUUAGAAAAAACAGAACAAAUAAGAAGUAUUUGUGAAGAAACUCCUCAAUUUACAACAAAUGAUAAUUUAAACAAAACUUGUAUUGAAGAAACCAUAAACCAAAGUGAAACUGAUAAUGAUGAAAACAUUGACAAUAGUUCUUUAGUGUCUUCAAAAGAACCAAAUUAUGUUCUGGAACAUAUAAACACACUUUUACAACAAAAAGGACUUAUAAGACAAAAUUAUGAAUGGCCGUUAUUUAAAAAUGACAAUAGCGAUGACGACAAUAGAAGUUUAACUGAUCAGCUUUUAGAUAUAAAUCAUUAAAAUUCAUGUAACAAAUAGUACGAUUACCAUUCUAUUGUAUUGGAGAAAAAGGUAAAUACUAUUUAAAACUAAUGUAAAUUUAAAAUGAUCACUAAUUUGUGUGUGUGUAUAUAUAUUAUAUUAAGUCCUGGAAAACUAAUAUUUGUAAAUUGACUUAAAAAAUUAUAAUUUAAAAUAAGACGUUGCCACUUUUUUUAAAUGAAUGCA